GGCCUGGCGAGGUAGUAAUGACUCUUCCCUCCCCUCCCCGGAGAGCCGGCGAGCAUUAAUAAAUCUCUAAGCCAGAGGAGGAAACUCUGGCUGGGGCAGUGCGUGGAGCUCCGGCGGAGCGUUGCGGGGGAGACGGCGGCGCCCACGGCAGGAGCAGCCUAGCUAGCAAAACACACUAGAGGCAACCAACCGAGAGGAGCCAUCUCUUCGUAAACACACUCUCCGCUCCUCGGUCACUCGCUCCGGGUGCCGCGCGCCCGCCUGCUUUGGCGCCAGGGAAGGCUCGGACUGCUAUGUAACGUCGAGGCUGCGGGAGGAGGAAGGGGUGCAGGGGAGAAACGCCUGGGGCCAAGUUUGCGAGUCACUUCGGGCAGGCGCCCUCUUAGCCCUCGGCUGGUCCUUUCCUGUUAAGCCUUUGCUGGCUUGGGUGCCCUUGGCCUUCUCCCGGCUCCCCCGGCUCUGCUGCGUUUUGCCGGCGACAUGGUGACGAUGGAGGAACUGCGGGAGAUGGACUGCAGCGUGCUCAAGAGGCUGAUGAACCGAGAGGAGAACGGCGGCGGCGGCGGCGGCGGUGCGGGCAGCAGCGGCAGCCACGGCGCCCUGGGGCUGCUGAGCGGCGGCAAGUGCCUGCUGCUCGACUGCAGGCCGUUCCUGGCUCACAGCGCGGGCUACAUCCGAGGCUCGGUGAACGUGCGCUGCAACACCAUCGUGCGCCGGAGGGCCAAGGGCUCCGUGAGCCUGGAGCAGAUUCUGCCCGCCGAGGAAGAGGUGCGCGCCCGCCUGCGCUCUGGCCUCUACUCGGCUGUCAUCGUCUACGACGAGCGCAGCCCGCGCGCCGAGUGUCUCCGGGAGGACAGCACGGUGUCGCUGGUCGUACAGGCGUUGCGCCGGAACGCGGAGCGCACGGACAUCUGCCUGCUUAAAGGUGGCUACGAGAGGUUUUCUUCUGAGUAUCCAGAAUUCUGCUCUAAAACCAAGGCCCUGGCCGCCAUCCCACCCCCCGUACCCCCCAGCACCAAUGAGUCCUUGGACCUGGGCUGCAGCUCCUGUGGGACCCCACUGCACGACCAGGGCGGUCCUGUGGAAAUCCUCCCUUUCCUCUACCUCGGCAGUGCCUACCAUGCUGCCCGCAGGGACAUGCUCGACGCCCUGGGGAUCACGGCCCUACUGAAUGUCUCCUCAGACUGUCCCAAUCACUUCGAGGGACAUUACCAGUACAAAUGCAUCCCGGUAGAAGAUAACCACAAGGCUGACAUCAGCUCCUGGUUCAUGGAGGCCAUCGAGUACAUUGACGCCGUGAAGGACUGCCGAGGGCGGGUGCUGGUUCACUGCCAGGCCGGCAUCUCGAGAUCGGCCACCAUCUGCCUGGCCUACCUGAUGAUGAAGAAGCGGGUGAGGCUGGAGGAGGCUUUCGAGUUCGUCAAGCAGCGCCGCAGUAUCAUUUCGCCCAAUUUUAGCUUCAUGGGCCAGUUGCUGCAGUUCGAGUCUCAGGUGCUCACCACGACGUCCUGCGCCGCCGAGGCCGCCAGCCCAUCCGGGCCCCUGCGGGAGAGGGGCAAGGCCACUCCCACCCCCACCUCGCAGUUCGUCUUCAGCUUCCCCGUGUCCGUGGGUGUGCACGCGGCCCCCAGUAACCUGCCGUACCUGCACAGUCCCAUCACCACGUCCCCCAGCUGUUAGGACCAGGCUCCCGACGCCAGGUCCAGAGAGCCAGUGUGCAAGCCAAUAGGGACUGACAGUGGGGGGACCAGGUGACCACGCUCCGUCUCUUUCCAUUUCUCCUUGGCCAACCACAGGGCCAGCUAGAAUGGCAAUAACGACUUUGAAUACACAUUUAACACAAACACAAUUAAACACAAUCCAACAUAAAGCAAUAAUGACAGCGGAAGCUGUCAGAGAAGAUUUGGUUUGUCAGCUUUUCCUUUGCAGGUAGAUAUUUACCUCAUCAUCAUUAUUAUUAUUAAUUAUUAUUUAAAGCAAUCAAGCUUGAAAGUUAUGAAACCCACAGAUCCUGGCAAAUGUGCCCAACCAAUUUAAGUGGAGAGGGAAAGAGGAGAAAAUGAGUUUGCCAGAAAAGUGCCUGGUUCUGUGUGUCUGUUCUUCUAUUGUUGAACUCCCAGGAAUUUUGUUCUAGAUCCUUCUAGGCCACAGUAUUCUAAUUAGUCGUCAACUGGGUAAUUAAUGUUGAAUGAUUAUUGAGAGUAACCUCAGCAUGUGGUGUGCAGGAGUCUGGUGACUUUGGGAUACAUUUCUGUUGAGGUCGUACAGUAGAGCAUAGAUAAACACAGGUGUGCUGGCAACGAGGGGGUGGGGGAGGUGGUCCCCAUGGUCGCCAUCUUGCAUUGUUGCCACUGAGAAGCAGGCAGGGUGACGUGCAAGGAAAAGGGUCUAUGGCUGGUCACGUUUGUAGCGGACUCCUGGCCUCACUGACCCAGCCGUGUGAGGUUUUCUCUCCAGUGGUCCAUUUGACUGUGGAUAGAGUGGUUUCUUCCCACUUGGCCUAGGGUCUGGAUUUUGUCUGGUGGUAAACACCAUCUUUUCUAAGGUGCUCCUGGAAAACCAGGUGCCGUUCAGAUAUUCCUGCUGUGAAUAAUUUGCUAAGGGCAGACCAGAACCAGAUCACUGAGGAUGAACUAAAAAAAUCUCCCUCUCUUGGAUAAAUUGGGUGUUUCAGUUUUAGGAGUUUACUUGAAGUAUACCAAGAAAUUCUUGUUACGAAAUCCUUGUCAAGUGAAUACGUUGAAAAGCCUCCCCCCCUCUUUUGAAUAAAAAGAUAAGUGUAUGCCUGACUUGGGGUUCCUUAAAGUCUGGAAGAACAGAGGGUGUGGGGCUGGGUGCCAGCUCCUGUUUUAGUGAUAUUGGGUGACUUCGGAGCCAUGUUGGGUUCUGACUGGACCAACACCAUUUUAAAGGAGCCUUUCCAAAAAUGUGUUUUCUAAGGGGAAGAUGCAGGGUGGGGAGGGAACCUGUUUCAUCUGUAGUAUGGGAGACAGUUUCAUCAGGGCUUGUCAGAUUAGAGGUCAACCGCAGACUUGGCAGAAACCAGCAUGGGCCUGCCCCCCUCCCCCACACCUUGAGCAUAAAUAGAACUUCAAGUCUCCAUGUCACAUCGUCAUGGGAUGCUCUUUCUCAGCCAGGAUCCCAGACAGCCCGGGUUCAUGGUCCCCCCCCCCCCCCACCAUGAAAUGUGAACCUGUGUUGGUAUAACUUGUAUCAGGUGACCUGUGUCAAAGAUCACCUGUGUGGGUGAGAAGUAGGGUACCGUGCUCCCUGACUGCCACUUGGCUGAAGGCAUAGAGGGGCUGAGCUCCCCGAUGGUGGACUGCCUAUGCCUAGUUGGAUGGUCUUACAUUUCUGCCCCCUGCUUGCUGGCAGCUGUCUCUCGUGGUUGGUGAAGAAUUAGAUUAAAUGAGUUUUGUAGUUAAACAAGUCCAGGGGUUCCAAGAAUGUAAAGGGGAUCUGGAGAGCAGAUAGCCUGUAGACGUCAUUCGCUUUCUAGAUGAGUGUUUGCCAAAUGUGUCCUAGUUCUCAGACUGGAUGCCAACUACACAGGCAGUGGGGGGCUCCAAAUGUCCCUCCCCUGCCUCAUUCAAGCCUCCUAUGACAGUGUGAAGGGGCUAUUUAUAAAGUCAUUUUCUUUGUACUUGAUAACGGCAUGAGACCCAGAACUCUACAAAGAAAGUAGGACAUUGGUUUGAUUGAAAAACCGGGGUGGGGGGCAUGCCUUAAAGUUCUCCAGAAGCUUCUUUGAUGGCUUGUAAUAGCUCUAAUGAAGAGCCUGUCCUUCCUAACGGUUAGAUUUGACAGACAGUAUGUUGUCCACGAGCUGAUUUCUGGUGAUGGGAAGUUUUGGAAUGUCACAAGGCCAUUGGAUAUUUGAGAAUGAGCAACACUCAGCUCUCCCCAGGGAUCUUUGCUCCAUCAGCCAUGUUUGUAAGACGGAGGGCUGAAGCCCAGGUGAGCAGGUGGCUAGCUCUCAGCUCUAUUCGCCUUGUUCUCUGGUUCUUGACUUCAGGGAGGCUGAGGAAACCAAGGGAAGAGAUUGAGAGUCGUUGGGAAGGAGGCAGGAGAAAGGGAAGAUUUGAUUGUCACUCCCAUGGGGAAGGGACUGGGCAAUGGCCAAGGAAGCCUGUGGCAAUAAUAAUAGUUUGUACGUGUUCAUCAUAAUCACCUGGGUAGCCUUUAAACUCCUCAUAUCUAGGUGACCCUUGACCAAAUAAACCAGGACUUGUGUGGGUGGGACCCGGACACCAACCAUUGUUACAUCUUUCCUGCGCGCUUUCCAAGCCUGGAGACCAUUCAUUGCUUGACGAUGGUGAAAGCCAGGUCUUGUUGGUACACAGCUAGCUUGUGAAGCAGACAUAACAGGAGGGCUUUGUAAUGGUGUCAGUGUGGUCCCACUCCACAGCCCGCUGAGGGAUAAGGUGGUUUCUUUGCGGCAAGCCCCUGAAUUGGAACCAAUCUGUGGAACAUUGUGAGUGAACUCAAUAUAGUGUCUGGGUGUUGAUGUAUUUCCUUAAACUUUGUCUGCAAGAAAGAUGGAGAAAAUAUGUGUCUGUUUUGAAGUCCUCCUUGUAGUGCCCUGCCCUUCCUUAGAGCUCACGAAUCAUUCAAGGGACUUCAGAAAGAUUAACAAUGCAAUCCUUGUAACUUGUGUAAAUAGUCCCAUCUUUCUGAGUGGUGUCAUUUCUACAUUUGAUAUGCUUGUAUUCUGUAGGAUGUACAUUGUUUUGUAGACGAGUCAAACAUGUCUGUUUUUAUUUAUUGCUUGAAAAAAGAUCAUUUGAAGAGAAAAUAAAUACAUUUUCAACCAUU